AUGUCAAGGAACCACGAGGCUGCCAAUUCGUAUUUCACUGUCACUUCUCCAUCAAACUGGUCAUACCUAGGUUUUUUAGAAGCGUUAAAGCUAAUAUGGAUGUUCAUUGUCCGCGACAUGACAUUCGCUGACAACUCAACAAUACGAAAGCGAUACCGUGCUAUCGAGUUGCACAACCUUGGAGGGGUGUCGUUCCUACUCCGAGGCAUGGGGUGUCGUUCCUACAGUGCAAUAUCUUGCUAUGGCACAGCUCUGGGGGGUGUCGUUCCUACCUGGGGUGAUGGGUGUCGCUCCUAG